AUAUCAGUUCCGUUCUCCUUUCAGUCAGCAGACACAAACCUGGGGUGUUUAUAUAUUUUGGAUACAGCUGAAGAUGUUGGCCCUCAUCAACCGGCUCCUGGACUGGUUCAGGUCCCUGUUCUGGAAGGAGGAGAUGGAGCUCACUCUGGUGGGCUUGCAGUACUCCGGGAAGACCACUUUCGUCAACGUGAUUGCGUCGGGCCAGUUCAGUGAAGAUAUGAUCCCCACUGUGGGAUUUAACAUGAGGAAGGUCACCAAAGGCAACGUAACAAUAAAGAUUUGGGAUAUAGGAGGACAGCCUCGUUUCAGGAGCAUGUGGGAGAGAUACUGCAGAGGAGUCAACGCUAUAGUGUAUAUGGUGGACGCUGCUGACCGGGACAAGAUUGAGCCCUCCAGAAACGAACUGCACAAUUUGUUAGACAAACCUCAGCUUCAAGGCAUUCCUGUUCUCGUUUUGGGCAACAAGAGAGACCUUCACGACGCGCUGGACGAGAAACAGCUAAUUGAGAAAAUGAACUUGGCAGCAAUUCAGGAUAGAGAAAUCUGCUGCUACUCUGUCUCGUGUAAAGAGAAGGACAAUAUAGAUAUCACGCUGCAGUGGCUAAUUCAGCACUCUAAGUCACGGAGGAGCUGAGAGGAGAGUCGCGUCAGACCCUCGUCCCGUCCUGACCUGCAGCCAAGCCAGAGCCAGUGCCCCCCUCCAGCUCUCCGCCCCAAACAGCUCCAGUUUCGAGUCCUGCUCCAGGUCCAGCUUUUUGUCCAGCUGUUAGCUGCCCCAGCCCUGCCUUGAGCUAGUGUCUGGACCCACAUACGACCCCCCAGAACUUAACAGCAGUCCCCCUUGGUCCUCAGCCCCCAUAGGUCCCUAGCUCUAGGGAGUAGAAACUGUAUAGGCAAUGAAAACAGAAUGACUAAUAUUUUUCACUGAACAAAAUCGAGUGAAAACUUUAUAUUUUAAAAUGUGUCUAACUGGUUUAUAAUGUUUAUUUUGUUCUGGUUAAUGUGCAUAUAUAUUUAUUCAUUUAUUUCCUGCUUAUGCAUUCCAUGGACUUGAUGAUUUAAAACUGUUUUUUUUUGUUUUUUUUUUAAUAAAUAUUGCAUGAUGUGCAAGGAUUAGGUGUAUUAAACUAACAGGAACACCAAACACCUUUCUUGUAUUUAUGUGGAACAAAAUAAUAAUGUUAUUUAACCAGUUAAGCACAUUUAAAAUAAAGUUUUCACUCUGGAAAUUGAAAGUGGGUUUGUUUCUGUUUUUGGUUACGUUCUGUGAAAAAUAUUGUUUUUUUUUGUUCCCUUUGAACCAUUUCUGGCUUCUGCCUCGCUUAUACACUGAUUGUUCCCCAGUUCAGCCUGUGUGUCUUGCCGUCUGUCUGUCUGUCUGCUCAACAGCACUACAUCUGUAUUCCACUGCAUGCGUACAUUCUCUCUCGGUCAUUCAGGUCUCUGUUCUCUCAUGAAACUAAAACGCUCAGAUUUUGGGCCAGUGUUCAGUGUGUCAGAUGUGGAGAUCAAGCCAAUGCAGAUUUAUUAUUCACUUAUUAGUCUUAAAACUAUUCAAUAUCUACUAUAAAUCAUACAGUAACACCUUAUUUGAAGGCUACCUACAGGUCUGUCUCGAUACAUAAUCACCUAAUUGCAAUUAUAUGAGGUGAUUGCAAUUAUUUAAACUGACCGCAGUUAUUUUCCACAGUUGGCGGUCAUUUCCGAAUCACUGUAUCACAACAAACAGAAAGUCAAGUCAAAGUUUAUUUAUAUAGCUCUUUUUACAACAAAGCAAAGCAGCUUUACAGAAAAAUCCCGGUCCGAGUCCCCAUGAGUGUUGCCAGUGGCGACAGUGGCAGGGAAAAUCCUAAAAGCAAGAGGAUGAAACCUUGAGAAGAACCAAACAGGUGAAGCAAUGGCUAUAAUUAAACAAGAAAAACAAAUGAAAUUACAUAAGAAUGUGAAAUGGAUGCGUUUAUCAUUUGGCUUAAAAUAAAUAUCUAAAUAAUAUAAAACUGACCAGCAUUACUUGGCACAAGAUACAGGUCAUAUGAAAACAAAAGAUACUUACUUUUAAUUUUAAUUUGUUGAUUAUCUGCUAUUAAUUGCAAAUAGAUAGCAUGGAAGCAAGAUGCCUAAUAGGCCAGGUUAGCUUCUGAGGUUUGUACUUUAAUCAUCUUUUCCUGUAAAACAAACAGGAAAAGACAAUUAAAUGUUAAUCUCAAUUAUGUACAUGACAAAUAAUCGUCAGCUCAAAAUUCAUGAUGGUGACAGGCCUGCUACCUACAUAAGGACUCCGUAACACAUGCACAAGCAUUUAAUAACAUACCUAAAAGACUUUACUUGAAGGGUGUCUACAUAACAUGUUCAUAACAACUUACAUAAACACUCCAUAACAUGCUCAUGAACGUUCAAAUCAACAUUCGAAAAAGUAUAGAU